GCCCCCGCCCGCCAUGACCGCUCGCUGCGGCCGCCUUGGCCCCGCCUCCCGCCGCUGUUUGACCCUCUCGGGCCACCAUCGCGUCCUGUAACGGCGCCUCCGCGGCCUUGGCGCGCUCGGCGGUGCCGGGCGGCGGCUGCCGAGGUCCCGCGGCGCCGCGCAGCGAUGUCGGAGGCGAGCGGCAGUGAUAGGUUCUCCUCCUCGUCGGGGAGCUCGGGCGCCUCGCUGCCGUCCACCUCGCGGAACGGCGCCGUGCCUCAGCGGCGGCUGCAGGGCCGCUCGCCGGGCUCCGCCGGCAGGGACAUGGAGGAGGCGGGUGCGGAGGGCGAGCAGCCGCGGCGGCUGGAGGGCGGCGAGGGCGAUGAGCGCAGCAGGAGGAUCAUCCGGAACCAGUACCGGGAGCUCAUCUACAGCGUGCAGCAAAAUCGUGAGGAUAUGCUGAGUUCCAAAAGCAACAGACUGACGGAAGCUUUGGAAGAAGCCAAUAAACUGUUUAGUGGAGUUUCCUGUGCACGAGAGGCUGCGCUGGAUGCCCAAUUUCUUGUCUUAGCAUCAAACCUAGGAAAGGAGAAGGCCAAUGAGUUGCACUCUGACAUGACAACAUUUGAUUCACUAGUAUUUGCAGAAGACUUGUUAACCUUCAUGGGUAUAAAUCGCAUAGAAGUAGAAGAAAAUGAUAGUGAUUCUGACAGCAUUUCAGGCUAUUUACCUAAUGAUGCCUGGCAUAAACUGGGAGAAGAAACAGAAAAGUACUUCAGAAGAGCACCUUCUUUUCACUACAUGUUGGGAUCUUUCAAGUCUGAUCCUCCUGUCCCAAGGCAACGGAUUGAGAGGCAGAAAAAGGCUACAGGAGGAGAAGAAAAAAGGGCAAUGCCUGCUCAGUUGAAAAAAAUGGAGGAGUCUCAUCAGGAGGCUACAGAAAAAGAAGUAGAGAGGAUCUUGGGAUUAUUGCAAACUCAUUUUAAAAAUGAUCCUAGCACACCUAUUUCCUUCUUUGACCUUGUGAUUGAUCCCAACUCUUUUGCACGCACUGUGGAAAACAUCUUUCAUGUGUCCUUCAUUAUAAGGGAUGGUUUUGCAAGAAUAAAGCUGGAUGAAGAUAAAUUGCCAAUAAUAGAGCCUUCAGAAGACGACGAUGGAGGGGAGGGUGGCCAUAGUGCUGGAGCACGGAACCAGGUCGUCUUGUCUCUGAACUAUCAAGAAUGGAAGGAGAUUGUAGAUACAUAUGAAAUAACAGAACCCAUGAUUAGCCCUCCUCAUCACAGAAAUGAAGAUGAAAUGGAAAUAGAUUAAUUCUUGAGGUGCCUUGCAGAAAAUAUUUUAAAAUGUUUCCUUCGGAAAGUAUUUUAUAUGUGUAUAUAUAUUGUAAAACUAUUUUUAUUAGAACAUCUCGACACUUCCUAUGCGCUGUUUUGUUUAUACCUGUCAUGGGGUUAUUACUGUAUACUUUCUAUUUAUUAGGGCUUAGUUUGCUACUUUAUUUAAAGCUUACUGACGCUUCUAAGUAAAAAUGAAAUGCU